AUUUUACUAUAUAAGGCUCCCAAAAUUCCACAAAACUAAAAUAAAAAACUUUCUUUCAUAAAGGUACUACUUUUUUGCAAGCAAGCGCGAAAAAACAAAUUUUUUGUCAACAUGCCCAAAAAUAAAGGAAAAGGAGGAAAAAAUAGACGAAGGGGUAAGAACGAAAACGAAUCUGAAAAAAGAGAAUUGAUCUUUAAGGAGGAUGGUCAAGAAUAUGCACAAGUGGUAAAAAUGUUAGGUAAUGGUCGUUUAGAAGCUCAAUGCUUUGAUGGCGAGAAACGCUUAGCACAUAUCCGUGGAAAACUACGGAAAAAGGUAUGGAUCAAUCAAGGAGAUAUUAUUUUGAUUUCUCUUCGUGAUUAUCAAGACGCCAAAGCCGACGUUAUUUUAAAAUAUACAACUGAAGAAGCCAGAAAUUUAAAAACAUAUGGCGAAUUACCGGAAAAUGCUAAAAUUAAUGAAACCGACACUUUUGGUCAAGAAGAUGGUGAUGUCGAUUUCGAUAUUGAUGAGAUCUGAAAAGUUUAUAAUUAAAUACAUUUAAAAAAAUAAUAUAAAAAAUUUCAUGUCAAAUUAGAUAAUUAAAAAACAAUUUUUUUAUUGUAUCAGUAAUAAUAUAAAUAAAUUUCUCAUUAUAAUUAAGAAUUCCAAUUAUUAUGGUAUUAUGUGAUUAAUACAAUGUUAGAUAAAAUAAUUUACU